AGCGCAAUGAGAGAUAAAUACGAAGGCGCUGAGGAUUGAGGAGCUGUUUUAAAAUUGGAAGCGUAAAAUACUACUACUAACUGUCAAUGGAAUGUCCGAUGUGAAGUACAUCUCUUUAGAAUCAGUAUAAUUAAGAUCAAAUAAAUUCCUCUGGUUUCGCAUUGGCUGAGCCGAGAAUCGAACUUCGGAACACCAGAUUGGUAGCUGAGCACAAAGUCCACUCGUCCAACGGGAAACUUUCAGGUUGGGGGAACAUCCGGCUUAAGAUGGCUGCAGAAGUGAGUGACUCACUCACCUGUAUUUCAGCUCCUGCAAGUGGUAUUAACCAUGGUAAGGGCAUUAAUAUUCCCAUUGGGCCAGAAGAGCAAGCAUUAUCUCGACUUCUUCCAAGGUACCUGCCUCGACAUCCUAAUCACAUAUAUGUCAGUGGGAAUACUGAUUUUAAGAAUCAGUUUCUCCGUGGGAAAACCAUUUUGUCAAGUGGUGAAAACUUUGUCAUUGUUCAUGGUUUAGGCACUGGUGUGGAGAGGGCUAUUAAUCUAGCUCAUGAAAUCAAGAAUGCAAUACCCAGAGCAAGACUUGCAGCAUCGACAUCAGGAUUUCAUGUCAGUGAGGAGCUUGGAUUCUUGUUAAAUGGAGACCGACAGACAAGGUCAUCAACUGUUAUUCAUAUGAAAAUAUCUGUACCUCCAAAGCAAGAAGACAAGGGUACUGGAGAAGUUAAAGGAACUUAGAGGGCUCUGUAUUGCACCAACAGUCAUGAAGGGCUUUUUAUAAUUAUAAGGUAUGAUAAGGGACGUUUAUUAGUAGCGUACAAUUUGUAAAAAGUUUUUCAGUGAUGUACAGUAGCAAUAUUUUUAAGUUUUUUUUUGUUUGAAGGAAAUUGAAAGAGAGCUAUAGGUAGGUUAAGGGAAGUGUUUCCUGCUACCACUUUUAAUUUUGAUUGGGAAUUCUUGUAUUUAAGAAUACAUAAAACUUGUAAAGUUUAGUGUUCCUGCAUCCUAGGCAUCUUAUUCACUAAUUAAGAAAGAAUAUCAUUCUGAGGUCAGCAGCAUUGCACAUGCAUUUUAUGGAACCCGAGUCCUGGAGUGAACUCUCACUCUUUGUAUAUAGCCAUGCAAUAACAAGGCAUCCAUUUUCUAGACCAGUGUUGUCCAAACUGGGGUCCACGUACCCCUGGGGGUACGCAACAUAGAUCAUGUGGGUACGUGAACAAACAAGGAACACACACACACAACAGAAACAUCCCAUCUGUUGACAUCAGCCUCACAUCUCACAUUAAGUUGUGUAAGUAAUUUUCAGGCAUUUUGUUAUGAAAUAAUUUUUAUUUGUAAUAAAUUUGAAUUUAUUGACCAACACUCCUAUAAUGCACUUUCAUAACUAAUAUGCUAUUUGCAUGAUUAUCCUAAAUAAAGCUGACUUUGGUCAGCCAUGGUGGGCGAGUACAUAACAGUAGGAGAAGGUAAUAAAGGGUACAAUAGGCGAGAAUGUUUGGACAACACUGUUCUAGACAAUGGUUGAAUCUUCUUAUAAGUCUCUUUAGGUUCCCAUGAGGAUUCAAACCUUUGUACCAUAGCUGGUUCAGUCAUUAAAGCUUGGUAACAAAGUAGUUAAUGGUGGAAUGUAGGCAAGUGUAAGGAUACCACCUACUCAUCUACAAAACAGCAUAUGCUGGAUUAAAACAAAUAUUGUAA